CCGUACUCGACUGUUGGAGACGCGGAAGGGGGACUGGAGUUUGUUUGCUGCCGAUAGAACUGGAGAGGGAGACGACGCACAGCAGGGUCCCAGCUCACAGCCGACCCCGGGACGCUGGUGGAUAUUAAAGCUCAAGAGGAGUGGGGGGCAAUCCUUGGCAAUAGCCGCCAUCGCCAGUGUGUUGCCCCAAACUAGAGAACAAGCUCCCCAGUGUUGUUGGUCAUGGAGCAGAGGAGGAUCCCAUUGUAGUUCCCAGGGCAGUGGGGACCCACAGUUAAUCUGAGGGGGUACAGGAGAUCCCAGAGUGAAAGCAGGGGAGAGGCGGGUCCCCAGACGUGAUAACAGGGUAGAGGGGGGUCUCCAGAUUUUUACCCAAGCCAGUGAGGGGUCCCCAGAGUGAUAGCAGAGGAGGUAGGGGUCUCCAGAGUUUGUAUCCAAGUCAGAGAGGGGUCCCCAGAGUGAUACCAAGGGUGAGAGGGGUUGGGGGGUGGUCCCCAAACUGAUCGUUGGGGAGAGGAGGGAACCAGAGUAAUUCUGAGGGGAGAAGGGGCUCUUCAGAGUGAUUGCCAGGAGAGAGCUGGGUCCCAGAGUGAUUUGUUUAGGGGAGAGGAGGGAGAACCCCAGUCAGCUUCAGGGGAGAAGGGGGUGGGGGGUCCCCAAAGCAAUUUUCAGGGGAGGGGGUCCCCAGAGUGAUUCACAAGGUGGAAGGAUAAUCCUUGGAGUCAUUACUAGAGCAAGGAGUGUAGAGUCAGCACAGUUCCCAGGAUAUAGAGGCCGUGUGGGGGGCAGGACAGUGAUUCUUAAAGUGCAGGGGGGGAUUGCAGGGGGGCUGAGGCUACCAGGAGCAUCCUGUUGAAAUUGCAGGACAUGUCUGGAACAAGCACGAAUGCACAGGAGAGAGAGAUCUGUGGGAUGAUCUGAAGAUCUAAGAAGAAUGCAACCAGAAAGACCGAUCCCUCUAGAACCAAGAAUGUUCUUGCGACAAAAGUUGAGGCUUAUCGAGAGAUUAUAAAUAUCACAUUGGAAUGGCUGGAACAAAACACUGACGUUUGUCUUCAAAGUGUUCUAUUUGUAGGAAGAAAGUGUCCUUAAACGAUUCUCCCAUUUUCCUGACCUUUCUUCAUUGGAAUCGUACAGUAUAUUUUUCAAGAACCAGGAAGUAACCAUUGCAAAUCAUUUGAAUGUCACAGCUUUUGUUUGAAUUUGAUUGUUACGGAGUUGCGAAGAUACCUGACGCUCAGAAGUCUUGACAUGACUAUAAGGGACCUGGCAUGUGAACUGAGCUCAGGGUGUACUUUUUCUUGAGGCUUGACCACGUUUCAGACAGUUAGUUUUGCUGAACUGAAAAAUGAGCUGUGUCCCUUGGAAAGGAGAUAAGUUGAAACUGGACUCUGAUGUGCAGCCGCCCGCUUUGAUUUACCACGAGAAGCAGAGAAGAGAGUUGUGUGCACUUCAUGCUCUCAACAAUGUCUUCCAGGACGGGAGAGCAUUCACCAGAGACACACUGCAGGAGAUUUUCCAGAGGUUGUCCCCAAACACCUUGGUGACACCGCACAAGAAGAGCAUGCUGGGAACCGGGAACUACGAUGUCAACGUGAUCAUGGCCGCUCUUCAGACGAAAGGUUACGAAGCUGUUUGGUGGGACAAACGAAGAGAUGUUGACACCAUCGCCCUCUCUAACGUGAUGGGCUUCAUCAUGAAUAUCCCCUCCAGCCUGUGCUGGGGGCCGGUGAAACUUCCGCUCAAACGGCAGCACUGGAUCGGUGUGCGUGAGGUGGCGGGGAUCUACUACAACCUCGACUCCAAGCUGAAGUUGCCGGAUCAGAUCGGCAACGAGGACGAGCUCCGAAAGUUCCUGAAGCACCAGCUGAGGGGGAAGAACUGCGAGCUCCUCUUGGUUGUAAGCGAGGAGGUGGAGGUUCAUCAGAGCUGGAGAAUGGACGGCUGACACGUGACGUCGCGAUCAAACCGAACCUUUGUAGCCGCUGCAGCUCCGCCUUGCGUGGACAGAACCAGAACGGUGAACGCAGAAGACUUUAUCAGAGGAACUGCUCAUUUUAUUUCAGGUCUGCAUAUCUUAACACGAACAUGGAGGCCUAAGUACCCCACACAAGAGUCGGUGCUUUUUUUUAAAAACAAAAAUAUAUAUAUAUAUCUCUACAUAUAUAUAUAUAUAUAUUUAUAUAUAAACUACUCGAAGUGUGGAAAACUUGAUGAGGGACAAUGUGUUUUGUUUUUGGCUUGUUGCUUUAGUAAAGAAAGUGUAAAAUAUAUAAAUAUAAAAAUAAGAAAAAAGAUUCAGAAGGGGCCGGGUGAUCCUUGAUCUCUGGGGCCAAGGAUAAAAUUAAAGGAAAAUGUUUAUUGCUGAACAGCA